UUUGGUGUGGAGGCUGCUGGUGGUGGAAGUGUUCUGUGAAGAGCUCUUCAGAAUAAAUAACAGAAGAUACAAAUUCUGCAAUGUCAUCAGGAACAGCAGCGCCUGUCUACAGCAACCCCUUACCAUCAGGUUGUGGAACCCUCCGCAGUUUUCCAGAUGUACUCAUGAUAUGUGAAUUUGUCUUUGGUGGCCUGGUGUGGACUUUAGUAGCUGCUACUACAUUACCUUAUGACUAUCCAUUAGUGCAAGGAUGGGUUAUGUUUGUGUCUAUUGGCUGCUUCGUAUUUACGACUGCUUUUAUGAUACUAUAUUGUAUUGGAGCCCAUGGAGAAAGACCCACCUGGAUAUCUCUGGAUGCAUUUUAUCACUGUAUCGCUGCGAUGUUCUACCUUAGUGCGUCUGUGUUACAAGCUUAUGCGACUGUGAACAUGGGUUAUACAGACACAGGGUCCAUGUACAAAGAAAACAUUGCAGCCGUGGUGUUUGCUUAUUUGGCAACGCUAUCUUAUGCGAUCCAUGCGGUUUUCUCUUUAGGGAGAUGGAAGAGAUCUUCAUAGUUACAAAAAGUUGCAAAGUGGAGAAAUCAUUCAUCAGUUUACCUUAACUGCCAUAAAUGUUACAAAUACAGGUAUGGGAUCUGUUAUCCAGAAACCCGUUAUUCAGAACUACUGAAUGUCUCCCAUAGACUCCAUUUUAGCCAAAUAAUCCACAUUUUUAAAAAUGAUUUACUUUUUCUCUGUAAUAAUAAAACAUUACCUUGUACUUGAUCCUAACUAAGAUAUAAUUAAACCUUUUUGUAAGCAAAACCGGCUUAUUGGGUCCAAUAAUUUUUUUUCAUGAUUUUCUAGUAGACAAAGUAAAACUCCAUGUCCUAAGCAUUCUGGAUAACAGGUCCCAUACCUAUACCUUUAUCUAUUACAAUAAAAGAACUCUUCUUGUCCUUCCAUAUAGGCUCCCUAUUGUGUAGAUAUUGAUAAUGUUGAAUAUGUUGUAUUAUUAAAACAUACUGAUUCCUAACUGAAUGUUUAAGAGUUUAUUAAGCCACACAAUAACAAGCUGAAUAGGAAGAAUACUGUAUGUUUUACCAGUGUUCACUCCAUUGAAAUCUCUUUUUUUGUUUUUCAUAGAAAGUUGUAUUUUACAAUCCCACAUGUUAAAUACAAAUUGCCAGGAUAGAUAUACCCUUCUUAUGCUCCUGUCCCAUAUAAAAUGUUCUAUAAUGUGCUAUAAUUACUGUAAGCUUCCAUUUAGUGAUGGGCGAAUUUAUUAGACAGGCGCAAAUUUGUGGCAAAUUUUUGUGUUUUGCAGCUGGCGAAGAAACUCACGAAUUUGCAGCAAAAAUGUGCCAGCUAAAGGUUUUUCCGAAGCCGGCGACAGUUCCGCCGCUGGUGCCAAUUUUGACGCCAGUGUCAACUAACGGACACCCAUUGAUUUUAAUGGCCGUCCAAUGUCACUGGCGUCAAAAUUCGCGUUUCACGAAUUUUUCACCCCUGAAUUUCACUCUAGUGGCGGAACUUCACUAUUAACUUCACUCUUUGAUAAAUAUAUCCCAAGGUUUGCACUAUAUUGCUCUUUGUACUGCUUUGUGCUCUUAGUAAAUAAACAUAAAGGUUGCACUGCC